GGCAGCGGGCGGCCCGUCCCUUCCUGGCGGAGCUCUGGCCCUGGACCCCGUCCCCUUCCGCGGCUUCCCCUCCCCGCCUCACGGUGCUGCAGCGUGUGCGCUCCCUGCGCGCAGGCCACACCCGGGCGUCCUGCGGCCUCGGGCACGAGUUGACGAACUGCGCCCGGAACCUUCCGGGAAGCCCGACCCGGCGCGGAAGGUCCCGAGUGCGAGUGCCUGGGCCCGGGUGCCCUGCGCACAGCGGCGGACAGCGAGUCCGGGCGAGGAUUCGGACACAGACUGCGCGUCCCUGAGUGCCGGCGCCGGCUCCUCCAGCUCCGCAAAUGUUCACACUCCCUCAGAAGGACUCCGGGACACCUACCACCUGUCCGGGUUCAGUCUCCACACAGGGCCUGCACAGUAACCAUGGGGAUGGUCUGGAAAGAGAAUGCUCCAGAAAACCAGACCAGAAGCCGCUGAAGCUCUAUGGAGUGGGUGAUCCCACCGCCAUGUUCUCCUCCGACAGCCCCUACCUGUCCUCUAGAGGAAGCGUCAUUAAAUGGUUCUGGGAUUCAGCAGAGGAGGGCUACAGGACCUACCACAUGGAUGAGUAUGAUGAGGAGAAGAACCCCAGUGGCAUCAUUAACUUGGGCACCAGUGAGAACAAACUCUGCUUUGACCUGCUGUCUAGGCGGCUGAGUCAGAGCGACAUGCUGCGGGUGGAGCUGUCCCUGCUGCAGUACCCUGACUGGAGGGGACAUCUGUUCCUCCGGGAGGAAGUGGCCAGGUUCCUGUCUUUCUACUGCAGGAGCCCCACACCCCUUAAACCAGAGAAUGUGGUGGUUCUGAAUGGCUGUGCCUCUCUCUUCUCCGCUCUGGCCACGGUACUGUGUGAGGUGGGGGAGGCUUUCCUGAUCCCUGCCCCUUACUACGGAGCCAUCACGCAGCAUGUGUAUCUCUAUGGCAACGUCCGACUGGUCUGUGUCUAUCUGGACAGUGAGGUCACUGGGCUGGAGACACGCCCCUUCCAGCUCACAGUGGAGAAGCUCGAGAUGGCGCUGGAAGGAGCUAAUUCCGAGGGUGUGAAGGUCAAAGGCCUCAUCCUCAUCAACCCCCAGAACCCUCUGGGUGAUGUCUAUUCCCCAGGAGAGCUGCAGGAGUACCUGAAGUUUGCCAAGAGGCAUGAGCUGCACGUGAUGGUGGAUGAGGUCUACAUGCUGUCCGUGUUUGAGGAGUCGGUUGAGUACCACAGUGUCCUGAGCCUGGAAAGGCUGCCUGACCCCCAGAGGACCCACGUGAUGUGGGCGACCAGCAAGGACUUCGGGAUGUCUGGGCUCCGCUUUGGCACGCUGUACACAGAAAACCAGGACGUGGCCACUGCGGUAUCCUCCCUCUGCCGCUAUCACGGCCUCAGUGGCUUGCUCCAGUAUCAGAUGGCACAGCUGCUCCGGGACCGUGACUGGAUCAACCAAGUGUACCUGCCGGAAAACCGUGCCCGGCUCAAGGCUGCUCACGUCUAUGUCUCGGGAGAGCUCCGGGCCCUGGGGAUCCCCUUCGUGAGCCGUGGGGCCGGCUUCUUCAUCUGGGUCGACUUGAGGAAGGAGUGUGAGGAAGAGGCUCUCUGGGUCAUUAUGUGUGCCUCGGUCAAGUACAACAUCCGGGGUCCUGCCCUCAUCCCGAGAAUGAAGACCAAGCACCGCAUCUACUACAUCACCCUCUUCUCCAUCGUCCUGCUGGGCCUCAUCGCCACGGGCGUGUUUCAGUUCUGGCCGCACUCCAUUGAGUCCUCAAGCGACUGGAGCGUGCAGAAGCGCAGCAUCCGCGACGUGCCGGUGGUCAGGCUGCCGGCCGACAGCCCCGUCCCCGAGCGUGGCGACCUCAGCUGCAGAAUGCACACAUGUUUUGACGUCUACCGCUGUGGCUUCAACCCCAAGAACAAGAUCAAGGUGUACAUUUACUCUCUGAAAAAGUAUGUGGAUGAUGCGGGUGUCCCAGUGAGCAGCACCAUCUCCCAGGAGUACAACGAGCUGCUCACGGCCGUCUCAGACAGCGACUACUACACCGAGGACAUCACCCGGGCCUGCCUGUUCAUCCCGUCCAUCGACCUGCUCAACCAGAACGCGCUCCGCGUGAAGGAGACGGCGCAGGCGCUGGCCCAGCUCUCCAGGUGGGAUCGAGGAACCAAUCACCUCCUAUUCAACAUGUUGCCUGGAGGUCCCCCAGAUUAUAACACGGCCCUGGAUGUCCCCAGAGACAGGGCACUGUUGGCUGGUGGUGGCUUUUCUACAUGGACUUACCGGCAAGGCUACGAUGUCAGCAUUCCUGUCUAUAGUCCUCUGUCAGCCGAGGUGGAACUUCCAGAGAAAGGACCAGGGCCACGGCGGUACUUCCUCCUGUCGUCCCAGAUGGCUCUGCAUCCCGAGUACAGAGAGGAGCUGGCCGCCCUCCAGGCCAGACACGGAGAAGCGGCGUUGGUCCUGGACAAGUGCACCAACCUCUCCGAGGGCAUCCCCGCUGCCCGAAAGCGUUGCCACAAGCACCAGGUCUUCGAUUACCCACAGGUGCUGCAGGAGGCUACUUUUUGUGUGGUCCUUCGAGGAGCUCGGCUGGGCCAGGCGGUGUUGAGUGACGUGUUACGGGCCGGCUGUGUCCCAGUUAUCAUUGCAGACUCCUACAUUUUGCCUUUCUCUGAAGUUCUUGACUGGAAGAGAGCAUCAGUGGCUGUGCCAGAAGAAAAGAUGUCAGAUGUGUACAGUAUUCUGCAGAGCAUCCCCCAAAGACAGAUUGAAGAAAUGCAGAGACAGGCACGGUGGUUCUGGGAAGCGUACUUCCAGUCAAUCAAAGCCAUUGCCCUGGCCACCCUGCAGAUCAUCAAUGACCGGAUCUAUCCAUACGCUGCCAUCUCCUAUGAAGACUGGAAUGACCCUCCCUCCGUGAAGUGGGGCAGUGUGAGCAACCCGCUCUUCCUCCCACUGAUCCCCCCACAGUCUCAAGGUUUCACGGCCAUCGUCCUCACCUACGACCGAGUGGAGAGCCUCUUCCGGGUCAUCACUGAAGUGUCCAAGGUGCCCAGUUUAUCCAAGCUGCUGGUCGUCUGGAAUAAUCAGAAUAAAAACCCCCCAGAAGAUUCUCUGUGGCCCAAAAUCCGGGUUCCGUUAAAAGUUGUAAGAACUGCUGAAAACAAGUUGAGUAACCGUUUCUUCCCUUACGAUGAAAUCGAGACGGAGGCCGUUCUGGCUAUUGACGACGAUAUCAUUAUGCUGACCUCGGAUGAGCUGCAGUUCGGUUAUGAGGUCUGGCGAGAAUUUCCUGACCGGUUGGUGGGUUACCCAGGUCGCCUGCAUCUCUGGGACCAUGAGAUGAAUAAGUGGAAGUAUGAGUCUGAGUGGACCAAUGAGGUGUCCAUGGUGCUCACGGGGGCAGCUUUUUAUCACAAGUAUUUUAAUUACCUGUAUACCUACAAGAUGCCUGGGGACAUCAAGAACUGGGUGGAUGCUCAUAUGAACUGUGAAGAUAUUGCCAUGAAUUUCCUGGUGGCUAACGUCACAGGAAAAGCUGUUAUCAAGGUAACACCACGAAAGAAAUUCAAGUGUCCUGAGUGCACGGCCAUCGAUGGGCUUUCGCUAGACCAGACGCACAUGGUGGAGAGGUCUGAGUGCAUCAACAAGUUUGCUUCUGUCUUUGGGACAAUGCCUCUUAAGGUCGUGGAGCACCGAGCUGACCCCGUCCUGUACAAGGAUGACUUUCCUGAGAAACUGAAGAGCUUCCCCAACAUCGGCAGCUUAUGAAAUGUGCUGCUGGUGGAGGUCUGAACACUAACCCCGGGCGGAGGAAGAGAACACGUCCCCCCAGCACUCUGAUGCCCAGAUUUCAGAGUGGGAGAUUGGCACAUCCCUGCCCAGCCUGCUUACCCGAGAGCAAGAGCCCAGGGAGGACAUCUGAGUACCUCGUGCAUCCUCCGAUGCUCUCGAUGGGUCCUCUCUGAAAACUCCAGAUGGAAGCCUUGGGCAGGCUCCAGGGGUAAGGCCAGCUCAGGCGUCCUUUGUUUGUAGCUCAAUACAAGGUCUACGAGGAAACUUCACUGGCUGUAAGACAGCUGAGAAACCUCCAGCCCAUUUCAGAUUUGGGGAAUCAUGUAAGAGCUACCUGUUUCUCACUUUUCGUUAUUUCAAAUCAGUGAGUUCUUCAGAGGAAAAGCCAGGCCCAGAAUUUGGUGCAAAAUCCAAACAUCUUAGUGGCAUUUGAUGCCUUGGGACAAUGAGGCGCUGGCCUCGUCCAGAGAAGAGCACCGGCUGCCGAGAUGGGACCUGUAAGUUCCAUGAACUGCCUCUCUUUGGUUUGGCUUUUUGAUAUGAUUAAAAUUAUUUUUUAUUCCAUUUCCUACUAUGUCUUAAAUAUUGGUUAUGGAACUCUCUUUCUUUUUGUGUGUAUUUAACUCUAUCUUCUGGCCUCAACUCCAGUCUCUUCCUCAUGUCUGGGAAGAUACGUAGCCAGGAGGAGUAUCCGGUGCCAUGUACAUCCAGCAGAGGAAGAGCCCCAGACUACAAACACUCUUAGAGAAGAUGUGUCCCCAAA